UCAGUUGAACAGAAACUUUCGAAGUGUACAAAGUGGAUAUUACAUUACUAAACAAAAGCCAAUAUGAAUACGAAAGGCGCUUUACUAUUUGCGCUCAGUGUUUGUUCAAUUUAUUGCUGUAUCCAUGCUAAACGACCAGCUCAUUGCUCGCAGCCACAUCCGCAAGGAUACGGUCCAUGUGAUAUGAUCAUCAAUGGCUUCUACUACAAUGCUGAACGAAAUGAGUGCGAGCAAUGGACGGAGGACGGCUGCGGAGUUAAAGGCGGGCAUUCAUAUCAUUUUAAAGAAGAUUGUGUGAAAGAUUGUAUUGAAUCGAAUUUGAAGUAAUUAAACCAAUACGCCCCUUUUAAUACCUAAAUAUUUACAUCUGAA